AUGUUCAACUUCAACCUGAGGACCAGCAAGAGUGGAAGGGCCUACAGUCCAGGGGUGCUGAUUGCCAACUGGAACGAGGAUGUCUAUCUAGAAGAGGAUCUCCUGAAAGAUUUUCUGUUUAGAAGAGAAAGGGGAGAACUUUUAAUCCAGAGAUCAAAAAAAUUGAAAGAAAACCUAUAUAAAAAGGAGCAGCUUUCCAUUUCAAAAGAUGGAUUCCUUCACUUUGGAGACACAGUUAUGAUGGUGAGUCCCGACAACAAGAAGUCACCUAUGGAGAACCUACCUUGCGAAAGUGGAAACCUCUCCCUGGCAGUUACCCCUGAAGAAAUGGCUGUCCAUGCAUUGGAUGCACUCCCAUCUCCUUGUGGACUGAGCGCCAUCAGAGGCACUGCCCCCAUGGGUCGGAACACAUUUCAGCUUUUAAGUAUUGAGGGAACGUCCAUGGGAGAACCCAUUCGAUUUGGGCAGAAUUUCGGCCUGGGUACAACAGGAGGAUUUCGUGAUCGAAUGCUGUUUCUAGUGAGUGACCACAAAAUGUUUCAGAACAUGGCGAAGAAGUCCCUCCUUCAAGCUGUGUUCCUGACUGACGAACUUUCCUACCUGGCUUCUUGGCAAGCUACUUACCUGGAUCCACAGCUGCGCCUCGAAUAUGAAGGGCUCCCGGUGCCUGCAAACACUAAGAUUCUCAUCACCCACUGCCAUACCAAUCAAGCCUUAGCAGUUCCGAGGAACGUCUGGAUAAGGACCUACUUUGGAAAGGAAUAUGAAGUCGUUUGUCACACCUACUUGGACUCUCACAAAGCUGAAGAAGAUAAAAAUUACUGGAUUGUUGUUAUGGGGAACCCCAGUGACGAAUCAACCACAAUGUUUGAUAGACCUCAGCCUCCUUCAGAGGCGACUCGAGAGAAAAGCAGUAAAGUCCAAACAUAG